UUUUAUUUAUCUUCUUUUUGAUUGUUCAUGUGAUUGUGAUAUGAUGACAUUGGCUUAUUAUAUUUUUCCUAUUUAGGACUCAUACAUGUGACUGUACAUGUUCAUAUCUUGUAGUUUCUCUGUGUGUUAUUUUUUUAGAUGUUCACGUCUAUGAUUAAGAACAUGAACCCGGAGAUGAUGGCUAGCAUGAGCGAACAGUUCGGAAUGAAGCUGUCUCAAGAAGAUGCGGCAAAAGCUCAAGAAGCCAUGGCUUCUCUUUCACCCGAAGCUUUGGAGAAAAUGAUGCGAUGGGAGGACCGGGCUCAAACCGGGAUAGAGAAAGCGAAGAAAGCAAAGAAGUGGUUGCUAGGGAAAGGCGGGUUGAUCUUUGCAGUAUGUAUGCUCAUUUUAGCUAUGAUCCUUCAUCGUCUAGGCUAUAUAUUGGAAGGUAAAAGGAAACAACAAAGGUCUCUUCACACUUAUGUCAAGAGUCGGAGAGAUCAGUCUUUGUUUGUAGAACUGUAACAUCGACUCACUUACCAACGUUUUUUUUUUCUUCUUUUUUAACCUCUUUUUUUUUUGUCUAAUCUUCCACCUUCUGUAGUGUUUUUAAAGCUUUCCAAAUGUUAAAAGGAAAACGUUAUUUUCCUC